AUGGGUGGUAAGAAGAAGCAGGAAGACUCGGCAGAAGUUGCCGAUGUGUUGGCUAUGCUUAAAAGCAAAGGAUUGCUGAAGCGUGGUUCGGAGCCCGAAGCUGCAGCUGCCGAGCCUUCUAAGAAGUGCAGUAAGACAGCCAGCGCGAAGGCGAAACCGAUGGCACCCCCAGCAGAGGAGCCUAAGGUCGAGACCCGAGCCCGGUGCAAGCGCAAACCCGAAGCCGCCAACGACGAAGCCAAGAAGCCCAAGAAGAAAAGCGAGGACCAAUCCCAGAAGAAGCCCGAUCAAGCCCAGAAGAAGCCCAAGGAUCAGACCCAGAAGAAGCCCGAGGAUCAGUCCCAAACGAAGAAGCCCGAGGAUCA